AUGUUUACAUCAAGUUCCUUGUCAACUUUGAAAAACUUAUUACCUUGGUUUCAAAAAAAUCUUUACAAUGAUAUUUUGAAUUUUUUAAUUGAUGAUUGGUCUUACAUCAAUAAUCACAAUAAUAAAUCACGUAAAAUAAUGUUUAAAUACGCAAAAAUAGGUAGAGCUGUUUUGAUUAUUCAACUAUUGGGAGCGUAUUUUACAUUUAUCCCAUUAAUUGGACGUUCUAUCAGACAAUCAAACGAUGGACAUAAUAAUGAUACAAUAACAGCUAGAAAAGUUCCAUUCAUUCCGGAGUGUUGGAUACCAGUGACAAUGCCAUUGAAUCUCUAUGUUGGAUUUUAUAUUAUAUUUUGUAUUGCCUUAUUUACUAUGUGCACUUCAUUUGUUGGUAGUGAUGCUUUGUUCUUUACAAUCGCAUUGCAUAUUUGUGGACAAUUUCAAAUUUUAUAUAAUUCUAUGGAAAAUAUACGACAUAAUCAACUUCUUGUUAUGUUAAAAAACUUUGAAGAAAUUUGUAAUAAAAUUAUAUUUUUUGCAGUUUUGGGAAAUGUAUUUCUUAGCUGUACUACUGGAUUUAUAUUGCUUCAGUCUUUUGACAUAUCUCAAGGACAAAUAGAAUGGAGUUUAAUUGCUAGAAUAUUUCUUUUAUUUGUGCAAUUAUUUUCAUAUAGUUAUAUCGGUGAAGAAUUAACAAACAGAGCUGGAAAUAUACAAUCAGUAAUUUAUAAUAGCAACUGGGAUGAUUUGUCACCAAAAAUUAUUAAAGAUAUGGCAUUUAUUAUUGCACGUUCACAAUAUGAAUUUCAUUUGACAGCCGGUAAAAUGCAAAAUAUGAGUAUAGCUAAUUUUAAAGAUAUUGUUAAAGCUAUAUUUUCAUAUUUAUCAGUUCUUCGAUUGAUGUUUCAAAAGUAA